AUGGGCGAAAAAAUUGUGCGGCGAGAAAAGAGCGAAAUCGGAAUCACGCGACUACCUGUUCUUGAAGGUGAAAUCAGCCACAUCGAAAUUCCCAGGACCUCGACCAACUUGGGCAUCACGAUCGUUGGCGGAAUCGACACCGCUCUGAGGUGCGUGGUGGUGCAGGAGGUGUUCGCCGAGGGACUGGUGGCGCAGGACGGCCGCCUCAGGCCCGGCGACCAGAUCAUCGAGAUCAACGGCACAGACACCACUAAUGCGUCACACCACCAAGUUUGCCAAUUACUGCGGAAAUCAGGGCCUGUUUUACGGCUCGGCGUCUACAGGGAGAGGAUCGAGGCUUAUCACUCGCGCAACGCGGCCCAUUACGAGGAAGAACACUUCACCGUCCUCCUAGAGAGGAAUCAAGACCAACAAUUAGGAGUGCGACUGAGCGGAUGGUGGAUGGAGCCUGGAAUUUUCAUCCUGGAAGUCAUCGACGGCAGUCCGGCGUCCCAGUGCGGACAGUUUGAGCCGUACGACCGCAUCGUGUCCAUAAAUGGCGAGGAUGUGCAGAGCUACCGACUUGAGCAAGCCUCCCAACUAAUCCAGAGCUGUGAGAAAGUGUCGCUGGUGGUGGCGCGGCGGCGUCUGACGAAGGAAAAAGAGGCCGUCGCCUCUUCGAGUUCGUCCGAGUCGGACCCGUCGCCGUGCCGCAGCUGGCAGAUCGAGUGCACGCCGGACCGCAACAUGAACACGACCAAAAUCGUGUACCACCACGAGGGCUUCAGAAGCAGCUCGUGCGAGGCCCUGAUCGAAGAAAACCAAUUCCGGUGCGGCCAAGAAACAAGCCUGACCUCCUCGACCAAGAGCAACAACAAACGGUGGUCCCUGGACAAUGCGGAGGACAUCGCCCUCAUGCGUUACUACCAACGCAACAACAACAAGCAGCUUGAAGUGGUGCUGCUGCAGCAAAAGACUGUCAAUAUUUGCAAGGACCCGAACGAAAGUUUAGGCAUGCGGAUAGGGGGUGGUCUCGGCAGCAACGAGGGCGACAUCCCCAUUUACAUUGCCAACAUCCACCCGCAGGGCUGCAUAGGCAGGACGCAGCAAGUUUGGAAAGGUGAUAUUUUGCUGAGCGUGAACGGCACCAGCUUGCUGGGGUUGACGCACUCGCAGGCCGUGGCGACCUUGAAGUCGACGGUGGAACGGUCGGUCGUCAGCUUGGGGCUCCUCGAGGGCCCCGAAACCUCCGUCGGCUCCCACAACUUCAUACCCUCCUGGCUUUAUUGGCAAAAACUACCAAGGUGCCUCCAGUUUCCACGAAUUGUGGUGCUGAAUCGCAGUGAGGGUGCAAGUCUGGGCUUCAGCAUUGUGGGGGGCGACGACCCCAUUCGCGGCCCCGAACCCAUCCAUGUCCUUUUUGUGGUGCAAGAAUCGCCGGCGGCUAAAGACGGAAAGCUCAAAUGUGGCGACCGCCUGUUGGCCGUCGACGGACACAGUCUGGAGAACGUCAAGCACGCCACCGCCGUCAAAAUGCUGAAGCAGACCGGCACCAGGGUCACCCUGGAGGUCGUCUCGUGGCUCGGAACCGAACUCUAA